GGCUGCGCGGGCGCCGGCAGUCCCUCGGCCGGUCGCGAGCAAAGCACGCGCACGCACUCGAAACGAACGCGAUAAAACCAACACCUUCCAAACAACCACUAACUAUUCACCAUUUGACGACAAAAACUAGCCGGCAUAGAUUACUACUGCCAACUACCUUCGGUACCUACUGGGAGAAGUGCCGAAAUAGUUUUCAGCUGUGAGUGGCAUUGACAUGAUUGUUCCGCCACGGUGUUGGCUGGACAGUCGGACACGGUGCUAGUGACAGUGGACAGUGGACAGUACAGUGGUCAGUGAUCAGGGCAGCAGGGCGACAUGCGCGCGGGUCGCUGGUGGCGGGCGGCGCUGGUGUGCGCAUGCGCGCUGGCACUGGGCGCGAACGCGCUCCCCCCCGCCGCGCUCGGAGAUGUCAUCGCCAACGCGGCUACGCAUCUCAACACUAUGAAAGUGACAGGAGCAUGGCGGCGCCUCUCCAGCACGGUCAGCGAGUCAGUGGGCCUCAAGCACGCGCUGAGACGCCUGCAGGCGGUGCCGGCGCGCGCGGCGCGGCUGGUCCACGCUCUGGUGGACCGCAUGCGCGUGGGCGGCGGGCCCGUCGUGCGCACCCAGCUGGGAGAGCUAAGGGGGAGACGGCUCAUCACGAGGACCAAUAAUCAGACCCCGUAUUAUAGCUUUAAGGGGAUCAGAUACGCGCAGCCGCCGCGCGGGGCGCUCCGCUUCCGGCCGCCCGCGCCGCUGGAGCCGUGGCUGGGCGUGCGAGAUGCCCUAGAGGAGGGCGCGGUCUGUCCCCACCGGUUCAUGCUGUUCGACACCUACAAGGGGGAUGAGGACUGUCUGUACCUCAAUGUGUACUCGCCGGCUCUGCCGGAUACGCUCACUGGUUACAACCCGAAGCUAGCGGUGAUGGUGUGGAUCCACGGGGGCGCGUUCGCGGUGGGCAGCGGCAACUCGUUCCUGUACGGACCCGACCACCUGGUGGGAGCCGGCGUGGUGCUGGUGACCCUCAACUACCGCCUCGGGGCGCUAGGGUUUCUCAGUCUGGAGAAUGAUGAGGUCGCUGGGAACAUGGGACUUAAGGACCAGGUGAUGGCGCUGAAGUGGGUACGCGACAACAUCGAGUACUUCGGCGGCGACCCCGGCCGAGUCACCCUCUUCGGGGAGUCCGCCGGCGCCGCCUCCGUGCACCUACACAUGCUGUCGCCCGCCUCAAAGGGUCUGUUCCACGGCGCGAUCGCGGAGAGCGGCGUGGCGAUAUCCCCGUGGGCGCUGGCGGCGGCGCCCCGGGACCGCGCCUUCGCGCUCGGCCGCGAGCUCGGCAUCGACACCAACAGCACCGCUGAGCUACUUGGCUACCUCCGAGCGACUCCAAGCGAGCUGCUCGUGAAGGCCGGGGCACGCCUGGCCGGGGCGUCCGGGCCGGCGGCCGACCUGCACAGCACGGUGGCGCUGCCCUUCGUCCCGGUGAUCGAGCCGCCGGGCCCGGACGCCUUCCUCACGACUGCUCCCCGGGACGCCCUGCCCGGCGCUGACGUGCCGUUCAUGACCGGGUACAAUGCCAAGGAAGGGAUUAUACUGUUUCGACGCCUGCAGCGCUACCCCAAGCUACUGAACGAGCUGGACCGCGAGUUCCGGCGCGUGGUUCCCCCCGAGCUGCUGGCGGGCGCGGACGAGACACUCGCUAGCAAUGUGACGGAUCUAGUGCGCUCCUUCUACUUCCAGGACCGCCCGGUCGACAACAGGAACCUGGACAGUCUGAUUGAUUUAUUCACAGACGUGAUGUUCCUGCGUCCCGUGCUGGAGACGCUGCGGCGGCCGGGCGCGCGGCGCAGCCCCACCUACUUCUACCGGUUCGCGUUCGACGGAGCACUCGGCCUGUUCAAGCGCAUGCUCGGCAUCACGCACCCCGGCGCCUGCCAUGGGGAUGAGAUGGGGUACCUGUUCUACUUCUCGCGGCUGAACUACCGGCUGGACGACGGCUCGCCCGAGCUGGCAGUGUCGCGCCGCAUGGUGCAGAUGUGGACCAACUUCGCCAAGACCGGCAACCCCACACCACCAGUAGACUACGAGUCCAUAGUGGACUUCAAGUGGCUGCCAGUGAACGACACCUCCACUGUGCGGUACCUGAACAUCGACGCCAACGUGACCAUGGAGGAGGACCCGGACGGCGCCAGGGUGCAGUUCUGGGACUGGCUCUAUGACACCUUCGCCAAGCAUUGAACGUUCCGGGCCGCCUCGGGACUUUGUUUUGUUACUGUGUAACUAAAAUGAGUAGGAAUAGGGUCGUGGAUGGUGAAGUGAUGAAGCUGGUUAGUUUUACACGAGCGAUUAAUCUGGAUUUUUGAAGAAGUUUUUGUAGGUUACUUAUAACUUUUCUGUUGAGAUUUAUAUUAACUAGAUUUUUUACAGCAUAAUGUAAAUUUUAAUUUAAACAUUUAAGCUAAGGCUUUAUUUGUAUAAACAUAGUUCCUCUAUAGCAAAUACUAUAUCGUAUUUCAAUUUAUAGUUUUUAUUACUUCGGAUAACAUGAUUUUACGAUAUCGCUCGUGUAAACUGUGCAUGGAUGACUGUUGAUCUCUAGAAUUAGGUGGUAGUGUAAGCAUGGUGAAGGUACUUACAGGUACCUACGUAUGAGAAUAUUAGUGGAUUGAAAAGGUGGUUGUGGCUUGCUCCAUUUCUUUCAUGCUUAGAAAUGGAUGAUGGAGCCCAUAAAUUUACAGUGCAAUUUUGGUAUACCUAUACAAAAGUUGAUAGUGUUUGUAGCUACUGUAAAUAUGGAAUAAGUACCUACCUACUACUAGUGUGUUGUGUUUUUAGUUUUAUUUGUACUGACUUAGGUAUUAUUAAUGUAAAUAAUAUGCAUAUCUCUCUAUAACUAGUGCUUACAAAGUUGAUAGUUUAAUAAUAAAAUGUUGUUUUUAAA